UUACUGAGUUCAUUUCGAAUGAACAAAAAAUUUCGGUGCCUGAAUGGGAUAGUGUGCAGUGACUUUGAUUCCAAAUAAACAAUAAUUUAUUUGAUCCGAAUGGAGGAGUUUUCUAAAUUUAUUUACUAAGUUUUACAAUUCGCAUUCAAUUUGGUAGAACAGAAAAAUAUCAAUCACAGAUAUUUUAAACACAGAUUUGUGGAUAUCCAUCAAUUGAUUAAAAAAUAUCAAUAUUGAUUUAGUAUCAGUAGAUCUCCCCCUCAAUAUCUUCUUACACCUCCCAAAUAAUCUUCCCUCCCGGAAAUAAAAACAAUUCGUUCUAUUUUCCAAAAUAACACGUGUGAUAUAAUUUUCGUCAUUGACUUUGAUGCAUCCAUAAUUGUAAAAUUAGUUGGAAAAAUAUCCCCUCUAUCGACUAUUACUAAUCGAGUAUCAUCAGUGCAUUUUAAUUGUCGGGAUAUCAAUAAUAUAAUAAUGGCCCUCAUUAUUGGCUGAGAGGAAAGGAAUUCGAUCUCACUACAACCUUCUUAUCUCCAUCAUCACCAGUUUCAGUUAGAGAAAUGAAGUUCUUCCGUGUACUCCUGGUGAUGCUCUCUGGGCUCUUGGCGCUCAGCCAUGGCGAGCAUGUUCCAGAAAUCAAAGGAAUGAAACAUCUCACAAUACCGUCUGCAUCCUCUCAGCAGCGGUCCUUCCUCCAAUCGUUCACAGACAAUCCAAAUAUUGAUUUCCUGAGAUUCACUCGUGCUGAACAUGAACCAAUUGACGUAUUAGUGACGGCCGAUGAAUUCCCAAAUUUCAUUGAGGCAUUAAAUUCGGGAUCAAUUGAUUACGAAGUCACCGUUGAGGAUGUCGCAGAAGCCGUCGCCGAGGAGAAAUCCACCAACGACAAACGUCGCAUGCUCUCUUCACUGUGGAGAUCUGCUGGUUCAAGACAACUCAGAGAGUUCAGCUACUAUCCACGAUUUGCAGACAUUGAAGGGUACUUGAAGGCACUCACUAAACGCUACAAUAAAACGACACACCUCAUAGAAAUUGGAAAAAGUUAUGAAGGCAGAUCAAUCUACGUCGUGAAGGUCUCCAGUGGUGGAGCGAAUAAACCCGCGAUCUUCAUCGACGCUGGCAUCCACGCUCGUGAAUGGAUCGCACCAUCAACAGCCCUCUACGCACUUCAUCAAUUGGUGACUAAUAAAACUAACAGCAAGUUGUAUGCAAAUGUUGAUUGGUACAUCCUCCCCAGUCUCAAUCCUGACGGCUACGAAUACACUCACACGAGCUAUCGAUUCUGGAGGAAAACCCGGUCACCCAAUGUAAACAGUCAAUGUAUCGGUACCGACGCUAACAGAAACUUCGGUUAUAAGUGGAUGACCAUCGGUGCAUCCAGCAAUCCUUGCGCAGAUACCUAUGCUGGUAGCAAAGCCUUCUCAGAAGUAGAGACGCAAGCAGUGAGAGACUUCCUACUAGCUAACAAAAAGAAUAUAAAAGUUUACCUCACCCUCCAUUCUUACGGACAGUACCUGUUGCAUCCAUGGGGCUGGACUUCGAGUCUUCCCAGUAAUGAACCUCUCCUUCGCCUAAUUGGUGUAAAUGCUGCCAAAGCACUUUAUCGAGUAUAUGGCACUGAAUAUGUUGUUGGAAGCUCGACAAAUGUCUUGUAUGCUGCUGCUGGUGGUAGUGACGAUUGGGCCCUGGCAGUUGCAGGUGUAGAUUUGUCUUACACCAUCGAAUUACCUGGUGGAAGAUUCGAUCCCCCAGCUGAUCGUAUUGUACCUGUUGGCAUCGAAACUUUUGAGGCGUUCAAAAUUUUCCAUAAAUACGUGGAAGUGGUAUACCCACCGAAAAUUUUUUUUUAGCCCACUUUAAUAUGUUUUCAUGAAUGUUUUUUGCGUAGUCUGUCCCUGAAAAUAUGACUUAUUCUCAUAGAAUUUUUAUUAUAGAAGAUCUUAUACUUAGUGUAAAGCUAAAGGAUAGGAGAAGUUAUUUUUUACUUGCUUAGCAGACCACGUUGCUGUCCACCAAUUAGUUCUUUUAAAAUAGAUUACAUAGACCUAGUGUAAUGAAUCUAAGGCCUUUUAGGCUCUCACCCCCGAAAUAUAAGUGUCAAGGACUGUUGUCUUUUUUGCUAAUGAACCUGUAACUUUACUUUUUUCUAUUUGUAAAUUUUUUAAUCGACGAAUAAAUAUGAACAAUUUAAGAGA